UUUUUAUAGUCAUUACACAAAGUACCAAAAACCUCAAAACUCUUCAAUGGCUGACCUCUUUGAUCUGAAAAAACACAACCAAAUGAACAAUGAAGAAACAUAUCAAGUAGCAAUAGUAAUUGUUCCAUAUUUAGAACAAGGACAUCUCAAUCCCCUUCUCAAUCUUUCUCGUAUCCUUUCAUCUUACAAACUUCCUGUAUUUUUCCUAGGUACUAGUACUAGUAAUCGACAGGCGAAAUUCCGGCUAUCUGGUUGGGACAUUCUUGAUUUUCCGACCAUUCGAUUUCAUGACCUUGUACCUGUUCCUCCUGAUUCUUGUUCCUCUGUUUCUGCAGCAGUAAUGGAGAAAAUAGGCUCAUUCUUCACAUCCAUUUUGCUGCUUCGUGAACCAAUUCGGGAGUUUUUGCAGGAAGUUUCAAGUACAUAUAGAAGGACAGUGGUUAUUAAUGACUCAGGCAUGUCAUGGGUAGUUCAAGAUGCAGUGUCAAUGCCCAAUACAGAAUGCUACUGUUUCCAUACAAUUUCUGUGUUCACUGCUCUGUCAUUCGCCUGUGAAACUACAAAAAAGUCACUUCCGUCUCCGGUGGCUGAGAUAAUUGCAGAGCUUCCUCCAAGGGAAAACACAUUUGAUUCAGAAACCAUAGAAUACAUAAAGAUGCAGCGUGAGUCGAGAAAGUUUUACUCAGUUGGUCUACACAAUUCUUGUAAAGAAAUCGAAGGUGUUUUCAUUGAUUUGCUGGAAGAACAACGUGAAAACAAGCAAUGCGCAAUUGGUCCAUUAAAUCCAGUGGAAAUUUCAAAGAAAAAACGCUCUAAACAAACUCAUGAAUGUUUUUCAUGGUUUGACAAACAAGAGCGGAAUUCAGUGAUUUAUGUUUCAUUUGGAUCAACAACUACGUUAUCGAAAGAACAAAUUAACGAGCUGGCAUUUGGAUUAGAACAAAGUGGCCAAAAAUUCAUCUGGGUUCUUCGAGGAGCUGACAAAAAAGGUGGGGAUAAUAUUGAAAAUAUCGAAAGUGGAAGUAAUUUUGAUUUGCCAGAAGGAUUUGAAGAGAGAAUUAAAGAUAAGGGGGUUGGGUUAAUAGGGAAAAAUUGGGCACCCCAAUUGGAAAUCUUGGCACACGGGUCAAUCGGGGGAUUCAUGAGUCAUUGUGGAUGGAAUUCAUGUAUCGAGAGUAUUUCUAUGGGAGUUCCAAUGGCAGCUUGGCCGAUCCAUUCAGAUCAGCCGAGGAACACUGUGCUGAUAACAAAAGUACUGAAGAUCGGGAUCAUUGUGAGAGAUUGGGAAAAUCGAGAUGAAUUGGUAAGUGCUGCGAAAUUUGAAAAUGCGGUGAGAAAUUUGAUGGGUUCUGCAGAAGGAGAGGAGCUGCGGCGGAGAGUGACAGAGUUGAGCAGUGCUGUGAAGAAGUCAGUGAUGAAUGGCGCCAUUCGCAAGGAGAUGGAUUCCUUUGUUGCUCAUAUUACCAGAUGAGUUCACAUUUAUCAGGUUAGGUUGAUCUACAAUAACAAAUCUAUCGUAUUAAACCAUAUCUUAUGUUGUUAAACAUUGAGUAAUGAACUAAUGAUCUGUUAUAAUCGAUUAAAUUGUUUCGAUGGUAUAAAAAUAUGUUGUCCGUAUAUAAUA